AUUCACCUGCGUUACUAGUGUGGGGAAGCCAUGUGAGAGCUGGGAGUUAGUAGCUAAAAACAUUUAUUUAUUUGUGUUAUUAACCGCUGUACAAGCCUACAGACAGCACUGGGAAGGGAAAGCUCUGACUUUUAGAGAUGACAGCGCAGGAGGUGCGUUUGUGCGGGCUGCUGCUGCAGGAGCACUUUGGGGAGGUGGUGGAGAAGGUUGGGACGGAGCUCCUGAGGAGUGGAGCUCUAAACCUGCGAGCUUUAGCCCAUCAAACCAGCAUCCCACUCGACCUGGUGAAGAAGUCUCUGUGUGUGCUGGCUCAGCACGGUAUGUGCGUGUUCGGCCCGGGCCGGCGGGGUCCCGGGGGUCCGGUGGAGUACAUGGUUAAUAGCGAGCGAAUUCUCUACAUGCUGCGCUACCCGCGAUACAUCUACACUGCCAAGAGUCUGUACGGGGACACCGGAGAGCUGGUGAUCGAGGAGAUACUGCAGAGGGGUCAGAUGACCAUGAGCAGUACAGUCAAGACUGUGGCGGACAGGCUGACCCACAGCAUGGAGGAUGGUCAGAGUAUGGAGUACAGUGAGGUCAUCACUGCCUUCACCCGCUUGGUGGAGACUCAUUUCCUACAGCGCUGCCCCCCGAUGGACAGUGCGGGAGCAGCAGGAAGAACAUCUUCAGCGGUUUCAGAGUCUCCCGCUCCUGCUGCUGCUGCUCCGCCUGCUCCGCCUGCUCAACCAGAGAGCUACCCAGACUGCUAUAAAAUACCACAGAUCCACCUCACCGGUCGGGGGAAACGCAGGCGGUCAAGUGAAGACGGUGAUGCAGAUGAAAGAGGAGCAAAGAAGGCCAGAGUGGACAGUGCAGAGGUGUGUGGUGAUGAGGGGAUUUAUUGGCAGGUGAAUUUUGAGCGGUUUCAUCUACAUUUCAGACAUCAGGCCAUCAUCAGCGCUGUGGCCUCCAAACUGGACCAGACAAGCAGUGAAAUCGUGAGGACCAUGCUGCGGCUGAGUGAAGUGACCACACCAGCUAACGCUGCGUACACACAGGCGCUCUCAGCUAACGAGAUCUUUCGAGCUCUGCCUGCCAGCUACAACAUCGGCAGACCCAUUCUGGACCAGUAUCUCACCCUGCUGGUGGACGAUCCGAUGGAGUUUGUGAGUAAGACGGGUGACAGCGGAGGAGGAAUGUAUGUCGUCAAUUUGCACCGAGCAUUGGCCAACCUGGCCAGAGCUACGCUGGAGUCUGUGGUCCAGGAAAGAUUCGGUUCACGGUCGGCCCGAAUCUUCCGCCUGUUGUUGCGGAAACGGCACCUGGAGCAGAAGCAGGUGGAGGAUUUUGCUAUGAUUCCAGCAAAGGAGGCCAAAGACAUGCUGUACACAUUGCUGUCCGAAAACCUCGUCCAGCUACAGGAAAUCCCGAAGACCCCUGACUACGCCCCCUCCCGCACCUUCUACCUCUACACUGUUAACCAGCUGCCCACUGCAAGACUGCUGCUGCAGAACUGCUACAAGGCGGUGGGGAACCUGAUAGAGAGGAGACUGUUCGAGACCAAAGAGAACAAGCGUCAUUUGGAGAAAUCUCAGCGAAUAGAGGCGAUCCUGGCGUCGCUGCAGGCCAGCGGGGCGGACACUGCUCAGCUGACUGAAGUGGAGGAGAUGAUCACACCGCCGGAGAGGCAGCAGCUAGAGGCCCUGCGGCAUCACAUCAACAAGUUGGACUCGAGUGAGAAUCAGGUGGAUGAGACUAUAUUCCUGUUGGAGUCUUACAUCAGUUCUACUUCGUCUUCACGUUGAUGGCACAGCGGAUCUUUUAUUUGGGUCGUUCUGCUUCCUGAUAGUGCUGUAUGAGUGUGUGUGGAUGUGAGGAGAACAUUUUGAUUUUCGUUAUGAAUCUGUAUUUGUUUAGGUGUUUAUUAAAAGUGAAUCAGUGUGCA